AUGGAAGAAGUGUCGGUAUUAGCACACCUGGUAUACAGCAAGUGCCCACUAGGUGUGAUGGUCCUCAUGAAGCCACUAGAGCAGGAUGCAGACCACUUUCCACCCCUGCUGCGUCUCCUGGAGAAGAAGCAAGAACUAGCGGCUGCGGACCAGGGUCUACAGGCCCAGAAGGAGGAGUUCCACAGCACGAUGGCCACCCUGAACCAGCGCUGGGCGCAGCUGGAGCAGAAAGAGCAGGCGCUGAAAGAGUCCUUCAUCCGCUUUGACAGAUUCCUGCAGGACGCCGAGGCCCGGCGGCGCCGCGCGCAGCGGAGAGCCGCGGAGGAGGGGCACGGAGUGCGACACCAGGAGGCAGAGGCGCAGCGGCUGCGUGCACAGCUGGAGGAGCUGCGGCGGGAGCGCGCGCGGCUGCAGCGCAAGCUGCGGCGCCUAGAGCCCUGCGCGCGCCUGCUGGAGCGCGUGCUGGAGCAGCUGCCGGAGUUUCAGGAGGUUCCCGAACUGGUGGCGCGCUUCGACGGCCUGGUAGAUACACAGGCGGCAUUGAAGCUGGCAGAGCGCAAGCGACAGGUGGAGCUGGAUGAGACCCAUGCUCAGCUGCACCGUCUUCGGGAAGCGAAGCAGGAUGAGCUGCUGCGUCUGGGCCAGCAGCGCGCACAGCUGCGAGAGCAGUUGGAGGCGGCCCGCGAGCGCACGCUGCAAUGGGAAUCCAAGUGGACUCGAAUCCAGAACACUGCAGCGGCCAAGACGCUGCUCCUGGGACGCACUCGGAUGUCUGUGCUCAACCUAUACCAGCUUGUGCGCCUGCGCCAGAGUCAGCCCCUAACCCUGGAUGUGGAGGACACCGAGGGGCAGCUAGAGGAGGUGAAGCUGUUUAUCAUGGACCUCUCAGCCACACUGGCCAGCCUUGCCCAGGCUGAGCCCGCAGCUACUGCCUCCUAGUCCAGCCACGUGAGCAGCGAGGGGACCUGGGGGACCAAGUCCCACACUUCUUGGUGUGCAGGCUCAAUGCGACGGCUCUCUGAAUGUGCUUCCUCCUGGGCAAGAUGGAGCUGUGCCAGCCCAUGCCAUUAUGACUUCCACAGGACACUCAACUAAGUAGACUGUCAGCGGGAGGUGACUGUUGGUGGCAUCAGCUUUCUGGGGCCCAAAAAGGAAGUCCCCAGUGUGUGUCUGGCCUGUGCUGGGGUCCAGCUGCUGGGGGAUACUUGACCUUCCCAGAAUCUCAAGUAAGAGGUGGGGUGAGCCACCAAUGGGUUGGGGGACAUGAAGAUGACACAGGCCGGUUCUCACCUCCACAUGCGUAAGGGCAGUGCCAACUUCAGAGCCUGCCCCCGCCCUGCAGUGGCCCCAAGCUACCUCGAGCAACUGGAUCCAGAGCCUCCUUUUUCUCAUCUCAGUAGACAGUGGAGGCCACUGCACCUCAGUGGCCAGGUGGGACACAGGCAUGGCCAUGUGUUCUCAGUCACUGCAACAGCUGAGACCUGCAAUCUUCCCUCCUGACACCCCAAGUAAACCACA